GGGAAAUUAGAAAAUAAUUGUUAGUUUGCGGGACCUCGCUGGAAAUUAUACAAAAAUUCGGCAACAGCGAGGAUUGGAUUUUGACUGCAAUCUACGAAAAUCGCUGUGUUAAUCAUCAUCCACAGAAAUUGAGAUUUUCUCCCCCAAAAUCACGCCGGUUGGGGUUUUCCGACUCCCUUUGAGCUCGGAACAUCAGUACGGCAGAUGAGACUGGAAUUAAUGGCGGCAGAGAGUAGCAGUAAUUGGGGGAAGAAAGAGUCAACGGCGCCACUGUCAAGCUCGCCGCGUGAAAACGACGAUGUCGAGGAUCCCGUCAAAUCCUCUCCUAAUUCCCCAAACAACUCCUCCACUAGAAAGUUUGUUGAUGGUUUCUUCAGUCCUAUAUACGAAAGACUUGGCAUUGACAUAUUUGGCCUUGGAUUCAUCACAUCGAUAUUCUUUAUUUUCUUUGUUGGUAUAUUCGCUUCAUCAUGGUUGGGUUCUACCGUUUUCUUGAUAGGGGAAUGGUUUAUAAAGCGAAUGCCGUUUGUGAAACAUAUAUACUCAGCAUCCAAGCAAAUUAGUUCUGCAAUAUCUCCAGACCAGAAUACAACUGCUUUUAAGGAGGUCGCUAUUAUCCGUCAUCCUCGUGUUGGAGAAUAUGCUUUCGGGUUUAUUACAUCUUCAGUAGUUCUUCAGAGAGAUGACGGGGAUGAAGAAUUAUGCUCUGUUUAUGUGCCUACAAAUCAUUUGUACAUUGGAGAUGUCUUUCUGGUUAACUCCAAAGAGAUUAUACGACCCAAUCUAUCCAUUCGAGAAGGCAUAGAGAUUAUUGUUUCUGUGGGGAUGUCAAUGCCUCAGGUCAAUGCAAAUAUGGAUUUCCGUAGCUUGAAACGCAGAGAGUUGCAGGCGCUAUGCAAGAAGCACAAAAUCCCUGCAAAUUUAUCAAACUUGGAGAUGGGGAAAAGGCUUGCGGAUUUUUUCAAGGAAAAGGGACAAGUGAAUGAGCAGGAAAAAAAUGUGAGUGAAAUCGAAUCUAUCGAUGUGGUUAGGGACAGACAAGUCAAGAAGGUAAGGUUUAGUCCGGAGCACGAACUGAUUGAGUUCACGAGGUCUCAUGGAAUAAAACAAAGACAUAGAAGGAGUUUUGUUUCAGUUAAAGAAAGUGCUUCAUCUGUUGAACAUGAUGAUAUUGGCCAUAUGGACAGCAAAUGCGUGAAUGGAAACGGUAGAGUUACACGCACCAGAGGGUCGACAUUGAUGCAGGAACAACAAGUGAACGAUAAGAAGAGAGGGAGGAAAGGUGUAAAAUGUAAUGAACAGAAAAAUAAUGGUUCGGCUGUAGAAAGUGUUAAUAAGGAUAAGUUGGGAGAGGGUAAUAUUGAGACUUCAAGUAGGGUUCUGCGGUCGAGACGUCAUAAAUUAGCCGAUGACGUGGAGAAUGCACAGAAAGUAGGAAAGCCAGAAGAUAAAAUGGGAAACGGGAAAUCUUUUGAUGAUGCUGGUGAUGAAAAACCAAUCGAGGAAAAUGUGGAGGGCCCUGGUAGACUUACUAGGUCGAGAAGGCAGAAAUUGUCGGGGGCUUCUGGAAAGAAUACUGUGAUAGUUGAAAGUGUUGAAAUUGAUGAUGGCAGAGUGGUUACAAGGUGUUCUUCCAGGAAGAGAGGGUUUAUGGCGGGUUGUGAGGAUAUGAAAACUGAGGGGAAAAAUGAGGAUGAAAUCCUGGAGAACAGGAAAAUUUCAGAAGCACAGAAUAUGAUUGAGCCUGAAAUUUUGUUGAGGAGAUCUAGGAGGAAUGUGGAUAAAGUUGGUGCCAGUGUAGGUGAAGUUCAUACAGCAGAACCCAUUAACCCGGAAGUUCAAAGAAGUAAGAGGAGGGAAUCUGUAAUUGCACCGCAUGAAAAUGCAAGAAACAGUGAGCUUACAGCAGAAACCAAGAAAACAAAACAGCCGAGAAGUUCAGCACCACAAUUAGUAAUUGCUGGCAGGGUUUCUAAAAACGAGAAGAAGGUGCCUCAGCCUUCUGAAGUUAUGAGGAGGUCAAGGCGUAAAGUAGUUGAGAUUUGUGAAACAGAAAAUCAUUUAAGUGGAGGGUAUCCAAUGGAGAAUGGAAGUUCUGCGGUUGAGAAGAAUAUGGGAAGGUCAAGAAGGAUAGCUACUGUCAGUAACUCGGUGGGAAUUAGAGAUGACACAAGCAAAUGCUCUGUUUUUCCACAAAAGAAUGAAGUGAGAAAGCGCAAAAAAGGGCCCAGAUUGGAAGAAGGUGCUGUGAAGACCACUAAGACGAGGUCUCGUAAAUUGCCUGUAAAAGGAGGUAGAAACGAGAAAACUGUCUCUAUUUUGGAAAGUCAGCCGUGUUUGCCUGAUGGAGCGGAUAGUACAAGGGACUCAGGCUCAAGGGGUGAAACUAAAAACGAAAACAUGACUAGCCAUUUGAGUCAGAUGUCGGGCAGGAGGACUCGCAUAGGGAAAAAAUGCGUCUCUUCUGUAGGCUGUGCUAAAAAUUCCCAUGUGGAAAUUAGUGAUGGGAAUAAGUCCGCAAACUCUAAAGAUUCUGGAAAACAAAUUUCUGCCAGCAACAUUAAGGAUAAUGCAGAAAAGUUAGAUUCUUUGGAGUGUGAUGUCAUAAUUGAAAAAACUGCCACAAGCGUGGAAAGGAAUCAAUCUGAAGCUCAGUUCUCCAGCCAGAUAAAGGGUUCCAGCUGCUUGAACAUGACUAGUGGUCAAAUGCUGCAGGAAGGCUCAAUUGUUUCUAGGAAUGAAGGUUAUGCCGAGAUCUGCCCCUCCACUGAUACAGUAUUACUCAGGAAUCAAACUGAUGUCAAUAGUUGUCUAGAAGUGAUCGAGGCUGAAGCAGACAAGCACACAACACCAGGUUCUGUUGUGGUUGAUCAUGCUGGUGAAGUUGAAGGGGUUUAUGUUAAAAAGAAACUGGAACCUUUUGGAAAUGGAGAAAUGAAUGUGAUUAGUCCUCCAAUUGCAUACUUAGAAGACAAUAAGCAGCAUAUAGAUGCAUCCAACAGAAGUUACAAAAGUAAUAACGAAGACGGAUCUUCAAAAGCUGGAGAAGUUGGUCCUUCAGAUUCCUGUGUAUCAGGGAGAUGCAUAGAUAAUAUUCAAUCAAAGUUAGCAAUACAAGUGAAGGAGCCAUCAUCAAGCAAGUCGAGAAGCAUCGAGAGUAACAAUGCAGAAACUGAAAAAGGUGGAUGCUUGCAGGGUAAUUUAACUGCGGAAAUUGAAGAUGAUGAAUUUUCUGUGUCUCAUCUAUUUGGUAGUGAAAUAAGUGCAAUGAUCAACCUACAAGAUAGAGGAAUAGAUUCAGGUGAAUUUUCAGCCAGGGAAUCUGAUGAACGAGAUAUAAAUAAAGAAUCCUCGGUUGUAUUCCCCAUGCACACCUGUGAGUUACCUAAUAUUUGUUUACAGAGAAACAUUGAGGCUGAUCAUACAGCUAAAACUGAUGAUGGUGGGUUCCCUAACUCUCACAACAGAAAAUGUGAUGAAGACAAGGAAUUUAUCGUUUCUGAUAUUCUUGGUGUUGAAAGAAGAGAUACGAUCUUGCCACAAGAUGGGGACAUCAUUUACGAUGAAAUGUCCAUUGAGGAUUCUGAUGAUAAAGGACUCGAAAAUGAGUUGAGUGGUUGUGAGGCUAAGGCAGAUCAAAUAGCUGAAGGAGAUGAACCCCGUGUCUGUAAGGAUAAUCAGUCAGAACCAGCUGGAAAUAAUGACGGAGGGUGCUUAGAGAACAAGUAUGAAAGAGAUGAUGACGGGGAGUUUGGUCUUUCUAGUUUAUUUGACAGUGGAAAAAAUGUUAGGGAUACACCACAAGCUAGAGGGAUCAUGUCUGUUGAACAAGCGGUCUUUGAUGAAGUUCCUGCAGCAUCAACCACGAUUAACGAAGUUAAAAUCAAUUCUGGUAGCUUGAGUAUAAAGGAAAUAGGUCCACAACCAAUCAGUUCUUCUGUACCUCGAGAUAGCAGGCAAAUAAUUUCUGAAACGUGUGAAAUCAUUGACAAAGAAGCUGAUUGUGCUCUGGUUUUGGAGAAAAGUGUAUGUUCUUUUGGAAAUAAUAUAUGUGGAGAUGAAAUGUUGGUGCUUGAGAAGAGGGCAUGUGAUAGGAACCCUGAAAUUGUCAAUCCACCGGAUGUGCAUACCAAGGAAUAUAUUCCUGAAAGAGUCAAUGAUGAGGUUUGUGGCUACGCUAAUGAUGUGGCUGCAGAUGCAUGUGUUGCCAAUGAUGGUACUGCUAGCAAACUAUUGGCUGAAAGUGUUUGUGAAUUGGAAUUCCAUCAUGCUGAGAAUAUUGUACAUCAGUCCGAGAACCUGCACGAGAAUCAUACGAUUUCAGAUGUUGGUGAAAAACAAAGUGAUGUGGUAUCCCGCCAAAGAUGGGCAGAAAUUAAACUUGCAAAUCUUUUUGAAACAACUCCUACUGGAUCAUGGGAUACUGCUCCUCAAGGAACUGAAAGGCCAAAUAUAAUGUUGUGUACGAACAAAUAUGAUGCCAAGAGUGGUGACAGAUUGACCAAUGGGGAAAAAGAAAUGGAGGGAGAAAGAGGAAGCGAGUCCUUAAACACCACAUAUGAAAAUGCUUUUCUGCCAACAGAAGUAUCUGAUUUUGAUCGUGGAUUUGGUGUGGACAGUGAAGAUAAUCAGUUGCAAUUGCUCUUUGCAACACCAAUGAAGAUCGAAUGUCCUUCACUGGUUGACAAAACCUGUAGCCGUAGGAAAAGGUUGGAUGAAGCUGAUGUGUCAAGUACAGAAUGUGUCUAUACAACUGAAGAAGAUGCAGUUGCUCAGAGUAUACAAGAUGACAAGACGCGAGUUGCUGAAACUCAACUGGAGCACAGCUUUUGCUUUGGAAGUUCAUCAGGUGAUGUUGGAUUCGUAAACACGUCUACUGUAUUUCUUUCGGAUGCUACAGAGCAGCCUUUGAUUGAAGACACAUCAUUUCUUUAUGAGGAAGCAACUGGUAAUCGCUGUCAAUUGACAGAGAUAAAUACCUUAUGCUUAUCUGGUCCACCGAAGAACUUGGAUAAACUUGAAGGUGGCAAAGAAAUGUUAAGUUGUAGUGAUUUAUCAGAAAAUGGCAGCAAUACAAUUAAUGUUUGUCCUCAAUCCAUGAGGAAAACGGCACAAAGUAAUGGAGCUCAAUUCGAGUCACCUAACGUUAACAAUCAAAAGUCUAAUCUACUUGAGAACAGUCUUCAAGCUACUGCCGGCUUUGAAGACAGCAUUUUGAGCAAAAGGUUAUGUGGGACCUUUAAGGACCUUGCAAGUGUAGAAGCGGCAAAUGUUGGGAGCUACAAUGAAAAGCCACAUAUAAAAACAGAAGUGGACUCUUUGAGAAGUCCUUCAGUCAGUAACAACUCUCUUGAACUUGAUAGCACAUGCAAGGAGACUGGCACAAUCACCCAGAACAAGGACGACGUCCUUUCUGCUGCAGAACAAGGAUGUUCUGUCUCAGGUGCCAAAGUUAAUGUGUUCAGCAGUUUGGCUAUGCAUCAGCUCCUAGGAGAUGAUGAAAAUGGGGAUUGUGAUAAAUUGGAGGCAAGAAUGCCAAUCCUGAAUUUGGGAUGUGAUAUUGAGGAGAAGGAUAAAGAGGACGAGAAGAAUUCGAUUUCCAUGGAAGUCCAACUUUCCAGUUCAGAGUUUCAAUUGGAAGAAGGUGAAAAUUCCAAUACGGAAAAUCGAAAUGUCUCACAUGCUCAAAAUGGUGAUAUCGAGAAAUCUGGUGUUGGGACACCACCUCUCAACAGGGAAGCAGAUGAUGUUAAAAACGAUAAAGAGGUUGAGAAAAGCCCAGCUGCUGAAGCAGUGCAGUUAGAAGAGCAAUCUGUAUGCUCUAAGAAUGGUGCAUCUCCCUCCACAUGUAAUGAACUUUUGAAAGAAAGUGACGUUAUUGAUACCAUUAAUGAGUAUAUUGGUUCAGAAUUGGCUUGGAUUAAUGAGGCCUUGUGUGAAGAUGGAUCGCAUAAAGAUGAGAGCUUUGAGACGGGAAGUAAAGAAUUAGAAGAAGCAAUCCGCGUUAAUGUACAUGUUGGAGGUUAUUCUGCUGAUGAGUUGGCAGUUGAGAAGGAAGGUGAAGAACAAACAAAAGAUUUGUCAUUAAAGGAAUCUUGCAGUAGAAAAGAGAUGGUUGAAAAUUUCCCUGCUAUCGUUCCUUUGGGUGGGAAUUCUGGUUCUGAUAUAAAUAAUGAAAUGUCGCCACUGAAAGUUGAGAUCGAGUCAACGAAGAAUUUAAGAACCAUUUUGAUACAUGGGACACCCAGUAAGGUCCCAAAAACGGCAGAUAUGAAAGAGAAUGCACCAGCACAUAAGAAUUCAGUUCUUGGUGAUUUAACUGAAGCUAGACCUGCAAAGAGGAAGGCAUUGCAGGAUGUUAAUUGGAAAUAGGAUCGUUGUCCUUUUGUUUUUAUUUUCUUGAUUUUUCUCAUGUGUUUGUGUGAUGGCUGUUCUUGAGUGAGGAGCUGCACUGUGUGCUUCUACUUUGUAUGCAUAUCUCAUGCUGAUAUGGUUGUGGUGCUUGAACAAGAUGAAUUUCUACAUUAAUUUAUUAACUCUAUGAAGUACUUAAGCUUCACUAUUAAGUCUACUUCACUUUGAUAGUUUGAUAUAAUCGGG